AUGACGGCGGUGAAUUCAGCCACAACUGUAUCCAACAGUAACACGAAGGCCGUGCCCCCCUCACUAUCGCAUGUUUUCUUACACGAAUGGUGGCUUCUGAAGCAACGCAAGGGUUUAGCUGUUGGCGGCGUUACUUCCAUGGAGAAAGCUAGAGAGAGAGUGUUUCUGUCUGCAGUGAUUGCAAAGAGACAUGAAGCCAAUGUUCUUGAGACUGAAGAUGGCAUCACUGUUGCUUUUCGUGGUUUCAUUAAUACAUCUCGAUCAUGUCAAAACGGCUUUCCAUCCGAGGUAUGUCGCCACUUCUUGUUCGGCUUUCCUUAUGAUUGGAAAAAGUAUUCAGCCCAUUGUUUUGGGGAUGAAGAUAUCGAUUGGACUACUUUGUUUGGUGACUCAAGCACUCGUUCAAAGGAGAGUGGGGAUGAUGCUUUGGCAUUUUCCAUUCCUGAAAAUGAUUUCACCAAGACACGGGAUUCUCUGUUGUCCAAUAAUAAUUGUUCGACACCAAAUAACAAUUUCAAUGGAUUGGGAAUUUCUGUCGGGAAUGUUUGCAAGCAAAUCAAAUCCACUGAUAACAUGGAAUGUAGCAUUGCCAUGAAGACUAUCGAGUGUGAAUGUACGGACAAUAAGCUAACUUCCAACAAGGAAAUAAAAAACGACCAGUUCUCAAGGGACCGCAAGAAGCAAUGUAUUGGGCAAAGGACAGUAGAGGAUACAGACAAUUUCUGUGAUAGGAGAGUAACGAGAAGCAUUUCUAAAAGAAGUCACGCAAUGCUUAAUGACAAGAAAACGAUGGUACCCAUUGUUAGUUCUCCACUUAGAAGAUCUCCCAGGCUACAUUAUAGUAGAAAAUGA